CACCUGAGAUUCCUAAAGACUUUUAUUAUUUGAUUAAGAAAGCUGUUAUUGUUCGAAAGCAUUUGAAACUUAAUUGUCAUAAUAAAAAUACUAAAUUCAGAUUAAUAUUGAUUGAAUUAAGAAUUCACUGCUAUGUCAGAGUUUAUAAAAAG